UGGUAGGAUACUUCAGCGUCCUUGGAAAAAUCUAACGUCAAGGAAAAAAGUAAUCUUCAUUUCUUCAUUGAAUAAUGGGAAUUCCAAUCGACUAAGAACGAUAUUAAGCAAUUAAACAAAGAACCGAUAAUCCAUGAGUUUUUAGGCAUGUGUGUGAAGCAGAUAUAUCAAGAAUCGAAUACCUUUGUGCAGAGAAAAUGAACGUCUGAUUUUCCUCAUUUCUGGGAGAUUUACAAAAAGAUCAUCCUCACUCACAAUGUCGAGAACCUUACCUAUGUUUGGAUUUUAAUAACAAGCAAAGAAAACAUUUGGGAAAUUGAACACGGAUGAGUGAAAUUACUCUAUGAGAGACAAAAUGACCCAUUUACAAGCUGGUCUAAGUCCUGAAACCAUAGAGAAAGCUCGUUUGGAGCUGAAUGAAAACCCGGACACUCUCCACCAGGAUAUUCAGCAGGUCAGGGACAUGAUCAUCACCAGACCCGACAUAGGAUUCCUGCGCACGGACGAUGCUUUCAUUUUAAGGUUCCUCAGAGCGAGGAAAUUUAAUCAAAUGGAGACCUUCAAGCUGCUGGCUCAGUAUUUCCAAUAUCGUCAGCAAAAUCUGGACAUGUUUAAAAGCUUUAAGGCUGAUGACCCGGGGAUCAAACGAGCGUUGAUGGAUGGGUUCCCAGGAGUCUUGGAAAACCCUGAUCAAUAUGGCCGAAAAAUACUUAUCCUCUUCGCUUCCAACUGGGACCAGAGUAGAAACUCCUUCACUGACAUCCUGAGAGCCAUUCUGUUGUCCUUGGAAGUGUUGAUUGAGGACCCCAGACUGCAGAUCAAUGGCUUCAUUCUGAUCAUUGACUGGAGUAACUUCUCCUUCAAACAGGCAUCCAAGCUCACCCCAACUAUUCUCAAACUGGCUAUUGAAGGACUACAGGAUAGCUUCCCUGCCCGCUUUGGAGGAAUCCAUUUUGUCAAUCAGCCUUGGUACAUCCAUGCUUUAUAUACAAUUAUAAAGCCCUUCCUUAAGGACAAGACCAGGAAACGGAUUUUUCUUCAUGGGAACAAUCUGAACAGUUUGCAUCAGCUUAUCUAUCCAGAGUGCCUGCCUUCGGAGUUUGGGGGGAUUCUGCCUCCCUAUGACAUGGGCACAUGGGCACGGACGUUAUUAGGCCCUGACUACAACGAUGAAACCGAAUAUACUCACACAUACAACGCCUUGCAUGUGAAGGAAGCCCUGGGGAACUCCGAUAGAGAAUGUACUGAAAAACACAUGAAAAGGUCUCAGUCAGUGGUCGAACCCGGGACUCUAAAGCACGAGGACAGGGAGGAUGAUAACACACAGCCCUUGUUAGCUCUGGACUGAUUUCUGUGAGGAGACACUCUCCUGCUGUGCUUCUUGCAUUCAGAGCCAUGUCUAAGCGAAGUGGCCGAUGAAACUCACCCUCAAUCAAGUCAGCGCUGGCUUGCUCAGGCAUUCCGUUUCAGUGACACAACUGAUACCAGCCAACAACGUCUGCAACUAAUCCCAGCUAAGCAAAAGUUUUUUUUUUUUUGUUGGUGUCGAGUCUGAUUUGUAGCUGUGAAUUUUCUUACUGUCUUAUACUGUACACUAGAUGCUUAUUUUCUCUGCAGAUACAGGACUGACUGGUUACAAAGAUUGUAUAUUUAAUUGAACUUCUACCAAUAUAACCUCAUCAGACCUUCAGUGCAAGGGAUUUUAUUUUUGGAAUUUAAUGGCAGUAAUUUAGAGAAACGGCUGAGGAGUGCUUGCAGGUUUAUUCAUCCAAAGGAAAACAGUUGAAAACACGAAUAAGCUUUAUUCACGAGAACCAACUAAUAAGCUUUAUUCUUGUGGAACAACAGUGCCCAAGAACAAAACGUAGCCAAAAGUAUUUUUGGGAUGCUUUGUCGUAGUGACAUUUGGCUCAACCUCAUUGGCUGAGGGCAAAGGUGGGGUCGAGAAGGGGAUGCAAAAGAUGAAUGUGAAGGAUAAAAUGCUUAAUUAUGGUAUUUACAGUUUUUAAUUUGACAAACCGAUGCCAGGAUUGAUUACAAAUUGGAGCAGCUGUGAAGAAAUUGAAACUUGGCUGCUGUCAUCCUUCCUAAACAUUUGUUGUUAACGCCAUUAAGUAGGUUAAAGUGUGGCUGGCAAAGUUGCUGGCUACUCAUCCAACACAUAUUAAUAUCUCUAUAUCUUAUAAGUAUAAGUUGGUUUCAAAAUGCAACAUUGCUGUCAUUUAUAUUAAUAGCAUUAGUAUUGUUAGUUAUAGUGGAACACAUUACAACUAACGUAUUCUAAGAUGGUGCUGCUAAAGCUCUCUUUUCAAUAAAUAUUAUUACUAAAUUGUAACUGGAAGGCAAAAAAUGGAAUGGAAACCUGAAUAGUCCAAUGGAAUAAACUGGGAAACAGAUGUGAUGCUAUAAUGUUAUAUUUUCCAAUGACGGCACAGUGCUAAGCCCAAGACAGUUAAUGUUUGACAGAUAGCAGAAAAGAACAUACCUUUAUUCAUCUGUUUCCAUCAUUAACUGGAGACCUAGUUUACAUGAAUAAUAUAUUCCAAUGUGCAAAGUCCUAAUCAAGAUCCCUUUGUGUAAACAGGUGGGGAUGUUACACUUAGCUGGAGAAGGCUGAGGACGUCUUUUUAGGUGUAUGUUUAUUGGUUGCAAUAUUAAAACACUGAAUUGAGGAAAUUCUGUUUUUCAUUCUGGCUUAAGCUGUGCAGCCUAUUACUUCAGAACAGUUUAUUUUACUGAGGCUUCUGUGAUUUUUGUUGUAAAAUGUAAUGUUUGUGAUUUGUUGUAGACUGUAAAAUGAUUUAUUGUAUUAUUUACUGUUUUUUUUUAAAUGACCCUUGUUACAGUGUUACAGAAGUGUUAAAAGUUCAUAACAUUCAAGAAUGUGUGUUCUCUGAAGCCUGAGCAAAGAAGAACUACCUCCUUAGUUAGCUUACCUGUGUUUUUCUUCCCAAUUCCCGUCCUGGUGACCCACAAAUCUGCUGGUUUUAAUUCCAUCCCACAUUUAUUAGAUAAAGAAAGUUGUACUUGAUCUAAGAAGUUGCUUCAAUUUAAUGUUCAUUUUUUUUUCUAUUCACAAGUUUGGGAUUUUCACAGUUAAAGCUCCAACAUGCUUCAAACAGCCCAAAGUUAUCCUAUUAUUAAGUAACUGUAGGGUUUGAUUUUGUAACUGAGGGCUCAACAGAUGUGUGGGUCACCAGGAAUAGGAUUGGAAACCACAGAAACCCACAGAGUAAUUCUGUUUUCACAGUUGUGCUCUGUAAAAAUGUGCCAUCAAUACAUCAUCCCAUAUUUUUUCAGACGUGUAGGAAAUAGGGCAUGUAUAAUCAAUAUUUAACUGAUAUGUCAGGUGUAACAGGUGCAACACUGUCACACCAGCUGCUCUGACCCUGCUGGGAUUUGAGCACGGCUGCUCAGACUGUAGAUUCGGAUCACACAUACUGUAGUACUACUGCCUAGACAGUGGGGAAUGUGGUUACAAAAAAAACAGGUCUUUUGUCAAAGGAGUUUUAUAGGUUUCAAGAGAAUGACUUCACUUCAGUAACAAACCCAGCGCCGAUAAACACUGUUACACUGAAACCAAUCAAACAGUAACAAACAUGAAAGUUUCAGUUCAGUCAUCUUCGGGCUUUUAUUCCAAAGGGUAUUAAUGUUUCCUUAAAUUCAGAGAUGCUGUUCCUACUAUACGUUAUUUAAUUUAAUGUGAGCUAUCCCUGUGAUAUAUGUUUAUUAUACAUAUCUGUAAUAUUUCCAAUUUAGAAAGCUCCUCAAUUUCAUUGACUCGUGUUUGUAAACAGGAAUGAAAAUUGUUUUUUGGAUUAAUGUGAAAGGGCUCGGCAGUGGGUCCGUUACACUGUUAUAUAAAACCAGAGUUCGCUUUUAAUGUUAACAUUAAAAACUUCACAAAAUCGAUAAAUCUUUUUUUUCCCCCAACCCUGGUCCUGGAAAGCUACGCACCAUCUCGUUUGUCAUCAUGGGUAAUGUAAUGUGAUUAGGGUGAUCUACUUGCUAUAAGCUUACAUGUAAGACAUGUAAGUUUUUGAGCAGGAAUAUUAAUUGUAAACACUCGAAUCUAGCAGGUAUGAAAGUCCCAGAGGUGAUGUAAUUGGAUGUGUACCACGGAAUCUAUACUAGGACCACUCCACUGAUCUUCUUAAUUUAAUCGGUGGUCUAGAUUCUGGAAUAGUUGGCAAACAAAAACUACAGUAUACUGUAAAUACGAACUGGGACUCCCUUGGCUACAAGAGGCUACGUGUGAAAAAGAUGGGUGUUUAUGUUGACGUAUCAUUCACAUCUUCUAGACAACAUUGGGAAGCAUUUAAAAAGGCACUCAAAAUGCUUGGAUUUAUCAUUAAAAGAGCAAAAAUUUCUGUUACAAUAAAUCACUAGUAAGGUCUCAUUAAGUAUACACUGUAUGUUAUAGAACAGAAAUUGCUGAUCUCGAAUCAGUCCAGAAAAGUGCAACUAGAUACAUUCUGGGGCAGGAAUGUCCUACAGUUACAGGCUGUAAGGAACUGAACCUUUUUAGCCUUGAACCGAGAAGACUAAGAGGAGAUCUGCUCUAAGAAUCAAAAUUCCUGAAAGGCACAGACAAAGUCUACCCAGCAGAUUUCUACAGAAGUAACAGUGAAACGUGUUAAGUGGAAACUGCAUGGGGGUGCAUUUAAGAUCCAAAACCGGAUUAAAUUCUUUACCCAAAGGGUGAAAGAGGUAUAGAGGUAUAAUAAAGAGGUACACGGAACAAGAAGUUCAGCUAAUGUUCUUGAAGCUGAUACCUGAUAAGAUAUGGCUGGCUGAGAUGCUUGGUUCAAUUAACUACUGACUUCCAAAUGGACCAGAUGUGUCCAAUGGCCUUUUCCAUUUUCUUAUGUGCUCGUUUCUCAGGACCAGGUUGGGAACUUCAGUCCAUUCACUGGCGCUAGAGGAGAAUGUUGCCACAACCCUGAGCGGGGGACAGAAACAGAUUUAGUUUAAAUGUGGAAUUCUUUUACAGUAUAUACACACAAUGUAUAUAUUUACACUAAUGUAACAGAUAUGUAUUUCAGUGAUAUAGGGUUUAUUCUCAAUUGCUUGUGAAGAGCUUUGGGAUUUCAUUAAAAUUAAAGGCACUAUACAAAAAAUGUUACUAAAAAGUAUAGAUGAACUUAAAGUAUGGAAUAAAACAUUCUGUUGAAUACAUUUUUCAGCUCUGUGUAAUCAAAGCACUUUAAGUUUAUACUUUAUUGACUCUGCAUUGACUAUAGAUCUGUUUGAUUGAACUGUAAAGUCAGCUUGACCAAGUGCUGUACACUUAGGUGUUUUCUGAGCUUCUUUCUCUGCUGUAGUGCAAUAAUUCCCCUUUCUCUCAUUUGUAAAAUGUCCUCAAUUACGCAUCCAUAAGGAUUCUGUGAAAUUUAAGGACCACUGAAGAUAAACAUGUCUGACUCUCAAACAGAGGAUUUAAAAUAGUUAUUCCCAUUCCUGGUACAUUGUCUCUUCUGGAAUAGCUCCAGCUAAUUUUCUCACGUUUUCAAUUUGCAUUCAGCCCCUUAAAGGUUGAAAAGGAUUUGUAUUUGGUGUCCACCAUGUACCAAUUUUUGAGUUCAAGAAUGGCCCCCAUUCAGGUGUCUUCCCCGAAAUAUUAUCCAACUGACCUGCAGAAGGAAAAAAAAGCUCACCGUGGGGAUUGUUUUGACACAGUGCCAUCCUCACCUUUGUUUGUUCAUCAUAAAUUGAUCACCUGUCAAAAGUGGCCUCAUCAGAAAUAAGGGUGAGCAAGUUGAGCAAAGGCUAAAGAAAUGAUGUAGGCUGAAUUUGUUGGAAACACUUCUCUUGAAGUAGGGUAGUUUGAUUACCCAGGACUAAGUGUACAAAAAGCAAAAACCCAAUUCUAAAUGAACAAGCAGAUCAAUUAAAAUUCUCAAUUAGCACAUGAGUUUUAAAGCUCAGCUUUAGAAGAUGAGAAUUUGAAUGGAAGCAUGGUAUGGUCUUGGGAGUCCUCCAUUUUCAACCCGAUCUGCAUUUUUAAUCUUCUGUUUAAUGAUGAUACGGUAUGUAUGUACUUUAUAAUUAGGAUUUAUCUGUCACUCAUCAAAGUUAGGUGGAGUGACAUUUGGCAGCUGCUGACUUUUCAUGCUUCAAGAGAUGUGACAGAAACUGUUAUAGUUUUCUAAAAUUACAACAUUGCAGUGUUCAUCAUCCUCUUAUUCCUACAUUUUGUUCAAGUUUAAAAUGGGCAUUUUCAUAAUUUUUAAGGUAAUUCAGGAUUCUGAGAUGGCUCAUAAGAGAAGGAGAAUUUGGUGGGCAAUAUUUCUGUUAAAGGUUAUGAAAUGUGGCCAGAGCACAAUAUCAGUUCUGCAUGGACUGAAUGUGCCUGCAAAGAGGUUAUUCCCUGCAGCAAUGGUGGGAAAUGAGAAUAAAUAACGUUUGGAUCAGACCUUGUUCCAGGCCUAAAGCAAUAGAGGACUAUUGGUAUUGAUGUUAUUAAAAUCCAGGGGUAUUCACAUACAUGAUUCACAUAGUACUCAUCCUUCUUGAGUAACUCAUUAUAUUCUGUUGUCGCUUAUUAUUUCUGUUAUGGUAAUCAAUCAAUAUGGUGAGCACCUACAGUAUAAUGGUGAUAAUACAGUAUACGGUGAUCACCUACCGUAUGGGUGGAGUGGUGGCUCUGUA